AUGGAAGAGGAUUACGACGUGGUCAUCAUUGGCGCCGGCAUUUCUGGCAUCAACGCUGCCUACCGCCUGCAAUCUCAAUUUCCGAAGCUUCGCUAUGCUAUUAUAGAGGCACGCGAAAACGUCGGAGGUACCUGGGAUCUUUUCAAAUAUCCCGGCAUCCGGUCCGACUCGGACCUCUUUACAUUCGGCUUUGCCUGGCACCCUUGGGAUCAGGACAAUCCAAUCGCUCAUGGCCAUUCGAUUGUCAAGUAUCUGAAAAAUGCCGCUGAGGAACAUGGCAUCGCAGAGAACAUUCUCUUCAAACAUCGCGUUAUUGGUGCUGACUGGUCAUCGGUUGACAACAAAUGGUCACUCAGCGUUGAACACGAGCAGCAAUCCAAAUCCCUAACAGCCAGGUUUCUAGUGUUCGGUACUGGAUAUUAUGACUACAACACUCCUCUACAGACUGAGAUACCGGGGCUAGAUCAGUUUCAAGGACAAGUCAUCCACCCGCAAUUCUGGCCAGAGGAUCUUGACUAUAGUGACAAAAAGAUCGUCAUUAUUGGAAGUGGCGCCACGGCUGUGACGCUUCUCCCGAAGCUGGCCGAGAAAGCAAAUGUGACAAUGUUACAGCGCAGCCCGACCUACAUUCUGUCCGUGCCAAACAGAGCCAAUUCCUGGCUGAGCUCAAUACUCCCAACGUCGCUCCAUCGCCGACUUCAACGAAUUCGAUUUCUCUACAUAUCUCGAUAUUUCUUCCUAUUUUGUCAAUCCUUCCCAAGCUUCUCCAGCUGGCUUCUUGGUCGAUCCAUGACUCGACAACUUCCUAAACACAUUCCUUCAAACCCGCACUUCCAACCUCGCUACAACCCAUGGGAACAACGUCUUUGCGUGUGUCCAGAUGGCGAUUUCUUCAAAAGUCUUCAUACAGGCCGAGCAGAUGUGAAGACCGACACAAUUCGCAACGUCUCUUCGUCGUCAAUAGAACUAAAUUCUGGCGAGGCGCUUGAUGCUGAUAUAAUUGUCACUGCUACGGGACUCCGUCUGCAAGCUGCGGGUGGCAUUUCUCUCUGCGUCGAUGGUGUGCCUCAACAUAUUCCUGACAAAUUCACUUGGCACGGCAUGAUGUUGCAGGAUCUACCCAAUCUUGCCUUCCUUCUGGGUUAUGUCAAUGCAUCUUGGACCCUUGGUGCAGAUGCGACAUCACAAUUUAUCUGCCGGCUGUUGAAAGAGAUGGAAGAUCGCGGUGUCAAAGCUUCUGUCCCAAGAGUAGAGGCAGACAUUGCAGCAAUUAUGGCUCCUCGUCGCCUAUUGAAUUUGAACUCUACAUAUGUUAUGAAGGCAAAAGACAAUUUCCCCAAGGCAGGUGAUCAGGGACCUUGGCAGCCACGUGAUAACUAUUUCGAUGAUAUGAAGUUCGCUCAAAGGGGAACACUCGAAGGAUUGGAAUUCCUUGGGGCGAAGAAGACCUUGUAA